AUGUCAACACUUGGCUACAGCAUAUUGAAACAUAGAACUCCAAGAUUAUUUAAUUCCAACGGACCAAUCAUGACUAGUAUAUCAAAACUGACGAAAAUUAUCAAUAAUAAUGACGAUUUAUUUAAUGGAGGAGCAUCUACUACUUGUACACAAUAUUUGAAUAUAAUCAAAAAAUAA